GUUCUAAAACAAAAUGUUUCCAUUCGUACCGACAAAUCAUCAUAUUAGACCAUCGUCAACAAAUAACCACAAUGUUGGGAAUAAUGUUGAACGCAAUUUUUGGACGAUAUGGACCGGCAGUGAGUGUACGGAAAAUAAAUCGAAGAAAAUUUACCAAAAAGUCAACAAUAAACCUCAACGGACAGUAUUAGAUUCAGUGAAAAUAAGUGACAGUGCCACAGGAGGAUGUUAUGCAUCCGAAUGUAUACCAAAAGAUACAAAAACAAAGUCAAUCGGUGCAUUAGAUUCAUAUUCAAUGGGUGAUAGAUUCAGAAAAUUUUAUUUAUCAAUACGAGGCGGUUACUUACAAACCAUUGACAAAACACCGGAACACACAUGGAUCAAGCAUUUGAAACUUUCAACGGACACACACAGCAAUAAUGUGAUAUUAGAGUUAUUUAACAAUGAACUGUGCGUACGAACAAUACGAAACGUAAAUGUGAAUGAAGAAGUUAUGCUUUGGUUUUCCGAAGAAAUUUUGGCGGCAAUGCAUAUACCGUUUUUAACGCCUGCAAAUAUACGAGGCAAAAACACCUACACCUGCCAUGUAUGCGAGAAAACGUUCGAAAAUCCUAAUCCAUUAAAGAUUCACAUUGCCACAAACUGUGAACGAAUAUCCGAACAUUCAUUGUGGCUACGUUUGGAUACGUUUCGUCACCGAAAUGCUAAACAACCUUAUGAAAGCAGCACGUCACCAUGUACCCUAAUGCAUUACCAUCAAACGUUUCAUCAGCGAUUGUCAGCUUUUCAACCGGUUCGAGCGAAUCUUCAAUACAAUUCGAUAGACACUUUGCCGACAUGUAGUAGCAGUAGCACAUCGUCUUCAAUGUUCAACGUUUUGCCAUCGGUUUUGAAUGUUGAGAGUGAACAGGCGAUCACAGCGGCUGCACAUUUGGAGACAAUUGUCAGCAACAUGGGCACAUCGAAACAGGGACACUUGUGCAUUUACUGCGGCAAAUUGUAUUCGCGAAAAUAUGGACUCAAGAUACACAUUCGAACUCAUACCGGCUUCAAGCCGUUGAAAUGUAAAUUUUGUUACCGACCUUUUGGUGAUCCCAGCAAUUUAAACAAGCACGUACGGUUACACGUCCAGGGAAACACAGUGUACAAAUGUACCGACUGUGGUAAGGUGCUGGUGAGACGUAGAGAUCUGCAGAGACACAUUCAGGCCAGACACAGAAAAUGUAGUGACGACAAUGACGGAAAGACGGAGGAUACUGCGUUUCAAGCAACUAUUUACGGUGGUGACACAACUGGUACGUCGUCGUCAAGUUCGGAUGACGAGCAGUCAAUAAAUGAUGAAAUGAUUGAAGUGGAGUAGGUAGCAUUGGUUGGACCUGGAUUUCAAAAUAUUUUCCGAAAGAAAUUAUUUAUUAAAUAAAACGAAAAA